CUGCACCACGACUUUGGAAGACAAACAUGACGUGCAUUGCGAAGACACUGGUUGAUGUCUGAUAUAUAUACCUCUGAGGUGUCGAGCGUAAAACCGGUGGAGCAAUGAAUGGCGGAAAGGACCAUGAGGCGGGAGAUGAGAGGCAGGCCGUCCUUGUCCAGGUCCCCAUUGGCUGGCAGCGCAAGGCGGAGCACGGCGGCGGGGUCAUAUACAUAAGUCCCAGUGGCUCGGUGCUCUGCAGCUUGGAGCAGGUGAAGAUCUACCUGCUGACAGAUGGAACCUGCAAAUGCGGUCUGGAGUGCCCACUAAUCCUCCACAAGGUGUUCAACUUUGACCCAGGGGCAGCGGUGAAGCAGAGGACAGCGGAGGAUGUGAAAGCAGAUGACGACGUCACCAAACUCUGCAUUCACAAGAGGAAGCUUCUGGCUGUGGCCACGCUGCGCAAGAGCAUGGGGACACACCCACCUCUGACGCUGACCAGUCCAGGGGGAGGUACAUCAUCUGUGGUCGCUGCGCAUUCCAUGUCUCAACGAGCAAUAAGGACUAAAUCCCACGAUGGCCUGCCCAAUGCUGUUGGCCCAGACUGCAAGAAUCCUUUUAAGAUGAUUAUGGCAGCUGGACAGCAGCAGCAGAGGCUGUAUCUUCCCCAGGAGAUGGGUGGAGCCCAGCUGCCGGAGCUCUACUCUGGGUACCCUAGACCGCAGAGGUGGGGACGGCGCUACAUGGCUCCCGAAGUCCUCGAGGGCGCCAUCAACUUCCAGCGCGACUCCUUCCUGCGUAUCGACAUGUAUGCCUUCGGCCUCGUCCUCUGGGAGCUCGCGUCGCGAUGCACCGCCGCCGACGGCCCGGUGGAUGAGUACAUGCUCCCGUUUGAGGAGGAGGUGGGUCAUCAUCCAUCUCUGGAGGACAUGCAGGAUGUCGUCGUUCAUAAGAAGCUGAGGCCCAUUCUGCGAGACUGCUGGCAGAAACAUGCGGGUCUGGCCAUGCUUUGUGAAACCAUCGAGGACAGCUGGGACCACGAGGCCGAGGCUCGCCUGUCCGCCGGCUGCGUCGAGGAGCGCAUCGGCCAAAUGCAGCGCCAAGCCCCCAUCAUCGGCCCCGAGGAGAUCGUCACCGUUGUCACCAUGGUGACCAAUGUGGACCUGCCGCCCAAGGAGUCCAGCUUAUGAUCGUCCGACAUCGGACGAGCCAGCAGAAACACGGAUCACCACGAGGGGAUGAACAGCCGACCCUGGUUGGUUUGGCGUAAAGUUUUUUUUUUUUUUUUGUUCUUUCGUUCGUUUUUAUCUUUUUUUCCUUUAAGUGCGGGCCGCUACUCGCGCUCAGGAAACACCCUGCGCCCACCUCACCACAUCAGUUGAUAUCCACCUCAUUUUGAUAUGUGUGCCUGAGGAUUUGAACGGUGGAAACGUCUCACCCUGAGCGAACGCUUCAGGAUAUUACCACGGCAAAAACGGGGUCGCCAAGUGACAGUGCGGACACGCUGGGACGACGACACAAACACUUUUACCAUGUAUUGUUUUUAUAUACAUACACACACAU